AUGAACGCCAUCACAGCCCUGCAGUUCUACAUCGACAAGAUGCUCACCGACACCCCCGGGAUGAAGGUCCUCCUCCUCGACGCAGAGACUACACCCAUCAUCUCAAUGGUCGCUACGCAAUCGCACCUGCUCCAGAAGGAGACCUACCUCGUUGACCGGAUCGAGAACAACUCGCGGGACAAGAUGCGGCAUUUGAAGUGUGUUUGCUUCCUUCGGCCCACGUCCGAUUCUCUCGAGAAGUUGAUUCAGGAACUGCGGGAUCCUUGUUAUGGCGAUUACUAUCUCUAUUUUAGUAACCGCAUCAAGAAGACGGCUAUCGAGCGGCUUGCAGAGAUGGACGAACAUGAAGUCGUGCGGGAAGUUCAGGAGUUCUACGCGGACUACUAUGCGAUCAACCCCGACUGCUUCUCGAUCAACAUGGACCCAGAGACGACACCCCUCUACGGUGACUCGUUCACUUCCUGGGAUACCACUAGCUUCACUAGGACAGUCGAUGGACUCAUGGGUCUUUUGCUCUCGUUGAAAAAGAAGCCCUUGAUCCGGUAUCAGAAGCAGAGCGCCAUGGCCAAGCGUCUUGCCACCGAAGUCCAGUUCCAAAUCCAGCAGGAGGGGCAGUUGUUUGAUUUCAGAAAAUCGGAUACGUCACCUAUCUUGCUAGUGCUGGACCGCAGGAACGAUCCAGUGACGCCGUUGCUUUCUCAAUGGACAUAUCAGGCCAUGGUCCAUGAGCUGAUCGGUAUCAGGAACGGAAGAGUCGAUCUCUCAGGCGUACCAGACAUCAAACCUGAGCUCAAAGAAAUUGUAUUGUCGUGUGAUCAGGACUCAUAUUUCCAAAAGAACAUGUUUCUGAACUUGGGAGAUCUGGGCGCGAACAUCAAGAGCUAUGUGGACGAGUACCAGACAAAGACAAAGUCCAACAUGAACAUCGAGUCAAUUGCAGAUAUGAAGCGUUUUGUGGAAGAUUACCCAGAGUUCAGGAAGUUGUCCGGUAACGUCUCAAAACAUGUCACCCUUGUUGGCGAGCUCAGUCGCUUGGUCGAUCAGGGAAACAUCCUGGAGGUUUCUGAGUUAGAACAGAGCCUGGCCUGCUCAGAUUCGCAUAAUAAUGACCUGAAGAACCUGCAAAGACUGAUCAGCAGCCCGAAGGUCAGUGAUGCGAGCAAGAUUAGACUGGUUCAACUCUAUGCCCUGCGUUACGAAAAGUUUCAGGGAAACGCAGUCGCCUCCUUGAUCGACCUCCUGUACAAGAAUGGCCUCAGUGAACGAGAGAUCAGCACGUUGGAUACGCUCAUGCAAUAUGGCGGAUCUUCGCAGAGACAGGACGAUCUGUUUUCGAAUGAAAGCAUCCUCUCAAGAGGACGCAGCGCCUUGAAAGGACUCAAAGGCGUUGAAAACGUGUAUACACAGCAUCAGCCUCAGUUGGGCCAGAUCUUGGAACUGCUACUGAAGAUGCGGCUAAAGGAAACAAGCUAUCCAUUUGUUGAGGGAACAACAAGUAGGGACAGGCCUCAGGAUAUCAUUGUAUUCAUGGUGGGUGGCGCCACCUUUGAAGAGGCGAGAUAUAUCUCUAUGCUCAAUGCUACCACUCCAGGUGCCCGUAUCAUCCUCGGUGGAACUACCAUUCACAACAGCCGAAGCUUCAUGCAGGAACUAGUGCGUGCACAGAGGACAACGAUACCCGGCCAAGGUUCUGACGCUGUCCGCGAUCGAAGAACGCAAGGAGGCAUCCAGCUUUGA